AUGGAGAACCAAACCAAGGUGGAACAAUUCAUCUUGUUGGGACUAAAUAAUGAUUUGAAGCUCCAGUAUAUACUCUUUGCAAUUUUUCUGCUAUUGUAUAUGGCCACAUUAGUGGGGAAUGGUACUAUCGUGACUGUAGUUUUAGCAGAACCUCGCCUUCACAGUCCCAUGUAUUUUUUUCUUGGUAAUCUUUCUUGCUUUGACAUCUUCUUCUCCACAGUCACUGUACCCAAGACACUGGCUGGGUUUCUAACAGACCUACAAACCAUCUCUUUCAAUGGCUGCAUGGUCCAACUCUUCUUCUUCUAUUUUUUGGGCAGUGGUGAAGGCAUCCUCCUUGGAAUCAUGGCCUAUGACCGCUAUGUGGCAAUAUGCAACCCCUUGCGCUAUACUCUUAUCAUGAGAAAAGAGUUUUGUGUUUUAAUGGCAACGGCCGCAUUGUCGACUGGGUUUUUCCAUGCCUUGAUGCAUGUAGUGGUGACUGCUCGCCUUCCCUUUUGUGGGCCAAAUCUAAUUGAACACUUUAUCUGUGAUAUCAAGCCAUUGUUGAAACUGGCCUGUGGCAGCACAUACCUCAACCUCAUGCUUCUCAGUACUGUGACCAGUUGUGUUGUUAUGGGUCCUUUUAUCUUCAUACUCCUCUCCUACCUCUACAUUAUCACUUUCCUUCUCUGCAAAGUGCAGUCCCAGCGUGGUUGGCAAAAAGCCUUCUCCACCUGUGGAUCCCACCUGACUGUGGUGGCUUUACUCUACGUUCCUGUGUUGUUUAAUUACAUGCUUCCCACUGUGGGUACCUCCUCUCAACGAGAUAUGAUAAUCACCCUCAUAUAUAGCGCUAUUACCCCAGUUUUGAACCCAUUUAUCUAUACCCUGAGAAAUCGGGAUGUUAAAAUGGAGAUGAAAAAGCUUUUUAAGAAAAAGACUUACACUUUUUCUUUUCAUUAG